CCUGCCAUACAUUACAGUUAGAUUUCUAUUGGGUGUCACAAUUUUCAUUGUGCUGUUGAUCUACACAUGCCUAAGAAGACAUAGAUCAAUAUAUGGAAAUAUCGAAGAUUUUCUGCAAGGUAAUACCCUCAUGCCAAUAAGGUAUUCAUACAAAGAGAUAAAGCAGAUGACUAAAGGUUUUAAGGACAAAUUGGGUGAAGGAGGGUAUGGCUAUGUCUAUAAAGGAAAGCUACGUAGUGGACCAUUUGUAGCCAUAAAGAUGUUGAGUAAAUCAAAGGCUAAUAAUGGCCAAGAUUUCAUCAAUGAAGUCGCAACUAUUGGAAGAAUACACCAUUCUAAUGUGGUUCGACUUAUUGGCUUUUGUGUUGAAGGAUCAAAACGUGCUCUUGUCUAUGAAUUCAUGCCUAAUGGCUCUCUUGAUAAAUAUAUUUUCUCAAAAGAGGGAAGUGUGUCUUUAUCUUACAAGAAGAUAUAUGAGAUCUCUCUUGGUGUGGCUCGUGGUAUUUCUUAUCUGCAUCAAGGUUGUGAUAUGCAGAUUCUGCAUUUCGAUAUAAAGCCCCAUAACAUCCUUCUUGAUGAAAACUUCAUCCCUAAGGUUUCGGACUUUGGCCUUGCAAAGCUUUAUCCUACUGACAAUAGCAUUGUUACUUUGACAGCAGCAAGAGGAACAAUUGGUUACAUGGCUCCAGAAUUGUUCUACCAAAAUAUUGGGGGAGUAUCCUACAAGGCUGAUGUCUAUAGCUUUGGAAUGCUUUUGAUGGAAAUGGCAAGCAUGAGAAAAAAUUUGAAUCCACGUGUAGAGCGUUCAAGCCAACUUUACUUUCCCUUUUGGAUUUAUGAUCAAUUGGGUGAAAAUAGGGAGAUAGAAAUGGAAGAUGUUAUUAAGGAGGAAAGAGAUGAUGUGGUAAAGAAAAUGUUCAUAGUUGCACUAUGGUGUAUACAGUUAAAGCCUAGUGAUCGUCCUUCAAUGAACAAAGUAGCAGAGAUGCUUGAAGGAGAAGUUGAGAGUAUUGAAAUGCCUCCAAAGCCUUCCCUGUAUCCACAUGAAACGAUUCAAGAGGAUCUCGAAACCAACUCAAACCAAACUGUAUCAGAUACUGGCUCUACUAGUUAUCUUGAGGAAAUUGCUACCACUCCUUUAAUGCAUUCAGCUUGAUAAUUGCUCCUAAUUUGCUUUACUAUUGUAUUAUUUAGUUGUCUUAUGGCCAA